GAGAGCCAGCGAAAUUGGUUGCGAAGAAGGAAGAGGAGAGGGAUCUCGAGCACCCAGGAAAAUCUCCAUCCACCACCUCCACGUCCACGGGCCCCUAGUAUUCGCAAGUGGUAACAGGGCCGCGUUUGCGUUUCGCCGGAGUCGUUAUGCCUUCUUCAUUGUGUGAAGCACUCACAAAUUCUUCAAUCAAUUUUGAUUAUCAAAAAGAAGAUGAUUGGAUAACGAGUGGAAAGCUGGGUUCGCGCGAAGCAGUUUUGGUUUUUAGGACGAAUAUACUUAAUCCGAAAAUACGCAAGACAUUGUCUGAGAAGUCCUCUGCACAAGCGUUAUCGGAAACAAAGGAUAAUGUAGAAGAGCCCGUUCCAUGCCAAAACAAAUCGGAGCAAAAAGAACCCACUUCUUCAGAAACAAAUAGCAAGGAAGCUCUAAGCGGUUCGACGCAGCAAAAGAUUUAUUUAUUGAAAACCCCGCAACAAUGUGAUAAAUCGGAUAAAUUAACCUUUUCUAGCCCUUUUAAGAAGAUACUUAAUCGAUAUUCCUCGAGUGAUACGUCCAUUUCUAGUGAAGGUGAAGAGCCGGCACAUAGUAGAGAAUGCACAUCGCGUGUACUUAAGACCAGUCAAAAUACCAUUAAUAUUAAAUUAGCUGCAGAUUUAUCGAAGGAAAGUGGAUACGAGUCUACAGCACCUGCCAAAUCAAUUUCAAAUACUGAAGUAAGCGAAGAAGAUCCGGAGGUGACAAGUGAAGACGACGACGAAUAUGGUAUUAACAUGCCUGCCUUUAAACUCAAAAUUACCUAUAAAUUCCAUCAAACGGAAACCAAGUUGCUAAGAAAGCUAUUCAAUGUCCAUGGCCUUACUGAAAUUCAGGGUGAAAGUAAUAAUUUUAAUUUACUUUGGACUGGUGUUCAUAUGAAAUUAGAUAUUGUGAGAAAUUUGGCGCCGUAUCAGAGAGUUAAUCAUUUCCCAAGAUCCUAUGAGAUGACCCGCAAGGACAGACUAUAUAAGAACAUUGAACGCAUGCAACAUCUUCGGGGAAUGAAACAUUUUGAUAUUGUGCCACAAACAUUUGUCCUGCCAAUAGAAUCCCGAGAUUUAUGUGUAGCCCAUAACAAGCAUCGCGGACCAUGGAUAGUAAAGCCAGCGGCAUCCAGCCGGGGAAGAGGAAUAUUUAUAGUGAAUUCGCCAGAUCAAAUUCCCCAAGAUGAGCAGGCGGUAGUCUCAAAGUAUAUAGUGGAUCCGCUGUGCAUUGAUGGUCACAAAUGUGAUUUAAGGGUAUACGUCCUAGUGACGUCUUUUGAUCCCCUUAUUAUUUAUCUAUUCGAAGAGGGCAUCGUGCGGUUGGCCACAGUUAAAUACGAUAGACAUGCGGAUAACCUGUGGAACCCAUGCAUGCACCUCUGCAAUUACAGCAUUAAUAAGUACCAUUCUGAUUACAUAAGGAGCUCCGAUGCUCAGGAUGAGGAUGUAGGCCAUAAGUGGACGUUGUCCGCUCUUUUAAGGCACCUGAAACUCCAGAGUUGUGAUACACGGCAACUAAUGCUGAAUAUAGAAGAUUUAAUUAUUAAGGCUGUGCUAGCAUGUGCUCAAUCCAUUAUUUCGGCCUGCAGAAUGUUCGUUCCCAAUGGAAACAACUGCUUUGAACUGUAUGGAUUCGAUAUAUUAAUCGACAAUGCACUGAAGCCAUGGCUGCUGGAAAUCAAUCUAUCGCCGUCAAUGGGUGUGGAUAGUCCUUUGGAUACAAAGGUUAAGGCAUGCCUGAUGGCUGACCUGUUGACGUGCGUGGGUAUUCCAGCCUAUAGUCCAGAAAUGAGAUCUCACUAUGACCAAAAAUGGUCACGAUUCCGCAGUUCAAGCUGCCAAAGGCAGGCAACCCUGCCCAGCGUCUCACAAAAGACAAAAAAAUCGAAGAAAAAGGGUGCCCCCAUUAAUCUUAAUCUAACCGGCGAAGAGCAGCGCAUAUUGCGCAAUGCACGCCUACAGUAUUCUCGUCGUGGUGGAUUCGUACGCAUCUUUCCUACGGAUGACUCAAUGCAGCGGUAUGGUAACUUCCUUGAUUCUGCUAAUGGCAUUCCAAUUUCCACGCCGACUGUACAGAGUCAGACAUUCCAAACGCCGAUUGUGCAGCACAACUACAACCAGAUGCUUCACCAAAAUUUAUACUGCAAGGAUGGCCGGCAGAAGCUGGAAGAUAAUUCGGAAGCUGAGCGAAUUUGGCAAUACGAAAGAGCCUUGGAGACCGAUUCGGAAAUUCCGUUUGUCAAGAAGCCCACGGUGGAGAAGUGCGAGGAGGAGGGCAGGAGGUUGCGGAAGGUGAUGCUUAAGAAAAUUUCCAAUGGAUCAGAACUGACUCCGUUUCAAGCCCGACAAACUUUUAGUAUUUAUUUGGAAUCGGUUCUACGGCGCCUAACCGAAGAUCCGAAGGACAAUCAUGAGAAAAUAAUUCUCAAGUUUUUAAACAAAUUCGGUGGUUCUGUGAAGCCGCCCGUAAUUUUCCGGAAUAUGCAAACCAUUAAGGUGGCCAGCAAAGCCCGGUCGGCAAUGGUGGCGAAACUACUAGGCGAUUUCCUGGAGAAUUACAAAAGAGACACCGAGGCCUAUGUGGACUCUUUCGAUCACUUUGGAAUGAUACCAUCCAGUGCCUACAAUCAGUUUCUAAUGCACGCCCAAGAGUCAGAUUUGGAGGCAGUGCUGACACUUCACACCAAUGUAACCGGGAUCAUGCCCUUCCUCUACAACCGAUGUGGACUGUCAGUGCCACCUACGCCCCCGAUUCCGUCGGGCCUGCACGGGUUCCUGAGAGCCCUUCCCUCCAUGGUGAACCCCUCCGGCAUGGCCAGGGAACUCAGCAAGUACGAUGGCUAUUUUAAGAGCUACGACAAGGAGAAGAUAUUUCUUUGAAGUCCGAAAUCGCUGGAAGAUCUUAAACUAAAUAGCUAAUUUGUCAAGCUUUUGUCCAGUCAUCCUACUGUAGUAAGUCUAAUUAUUUUUGUAUUCAAAUUUUCGCAUUAAGGCAGAGGCUUAAGCAAAUAAAUAUUUAUCGAUAAACAACGA